AAUCAUUUCUCUAAAGUUAAUUUUGUACUUUUUUCUACCCCCUUUUAUUUUAGCCUAUUAGAAAAUCCCACACCCUCGUUACUGUACAAAUUCAUUUAUAUUUUCCACAAGAAAAAAGAACCCAGGUUUUCUUUUUUUCUUUUUUUUUUUUUUUUUUUUCCUGUGUAAACAAACAGGCAAUGAGGCUUUCACUGAUCGAAGAAAAAGACUUCACUACAUAACUAGUCAAGAAGAAGAAAAAUGGAGAAACCCAUCAUGGGAAAAUGCUCAAAUGAAUUCUGGUUAGCCUCCUUUGUCUCUUUCGUUUUGUGUUUCGUUUUGCUUUGCUUUGAUUACACAACUUUAUUGGGUAGUGCUGACGAAAGGGUCACUUUUAAAGUCAAUCAACAAGAAAACCCACUUGGAAUCAUGAAGAACAAGACCAAUCUAGGUACCCAAUAUCAUAGUUUUAAAGAUUCGGUUUGUUCUGGUAGAUACAUAUAUAUUCAUGACCUUCCUAGCAGAUUCAACCAAGAUUUGCUCAAAAAUUGUAAGUCUCUCACUAGAGGAACUCAUAGUUCUAUGUGUCCGUACCUAGUAAAUCUGGGUUUUGGUCCUGAAAUUGAUAAUUCUGAAGGGGUUUUAUCAAACAAGAGCUGGUUUUCCACAAACCAAUUCAUGAUGGAAGUGAUUUUCCACAACAAAGUGAUGCAGUACAAGUGUUUGACAAAAAACUCCACCUUAGCAUCAGCCAUUUUUGUACCAUUUUAUGCAGGACUAGAUGCUAGUCUCUAUCUUUGGAAUCCCAACAUUACAGUGAGAGAUUCAUCUGGUAAAGAUCUUCUGAGGUGGGUUUCGAAGCAACCAGAGUGGAAGAGAAUGUGGGGUCGAGACCAUUUCUUGGUUACUGGUAGGAUUUCUUGGGAUUUCAGGAGGAAAACUGAUAAUGUUUCUGAUUGGGGUAGCAAAUUCAGGUUCCUACCAGAAUCCAUGAACAUGACAAUGCUAUCAGUGGAAUCAAGCUCAUGGAAAAACGAUUUUGCAAUUCCUUAUCCAACCUAUUUCCACCCUUCAAAUCACAUUGAAGUUCUUCAAUGGCAGACCAGGAUGAGGAACCAAAAUAGGCCUUACUUGUUCACCUUUGCUGGUGCUCCAAGACCGGAACUUGAAAAAUCAAUCAGGGGAAAGAUUAUCGAACAAUGUCAAGCUUCAAGAGUUUGUAAAUUCAUUGAUUGCAGUUCUGGUGGGAAAAACUGUGAUAAUCCAGUUAAUGUUAUGAGGGAAUUUCAAAGCUCAGUUUAUUGUUUGCAGCCUUCAGGGGAUUCAUACACCAGAAGAUCAAUUUUUGAUUCCAUUCUUUCAGGUUGUAUUCCUGUUUUUUUCCAUCCUGGUAGUGCUUAUUCACAGUAUAUAUGGCAUUUCCCAAAGAACCAUACCAAGUAUUCUGUGUUUAUACCAGUUAAGGAUGUGAAAGGUAUGCCUGAAAGCAUUGAGAAAAUUUUGCUCGGAAUUUCAAAAGAUGAAGAAGUGGGUAUGAGAGAGGAGGUGAUAAGGUUAAUACCCAAGAUUGUAUAUUCAAAUCCAAAGGCCAAAUCAGAGAGCUUUGAAGAUGCAUUUGAUAUAGCAGUGAAGAGAAUUCUUUAUAGGGUGGAGGAUGUUAGGAGGGUAAUCAGAGAAGGUGGAGAUCCUAGUCUUGGUUUUGCCGAUGGGGAUGAUUACAAGUAUACAUUUCCUCAGAAAAUAGGAUAAAGUUGAUGAUUAUUCAGUGGGAUUUCUUCUGCUUCAGAAAACAAGCAGGAAAAAUAAAUAAAUAAAUAAAAUGUACUGUAGAAUAUAUUAUACCUAUAAAUCUCUUUCUUUCUUUA